AUGGAACCGUAUUCGCCGAGCCGAUGGGGAAGCAAUUCUCCACCAAGUGCGCGUCGAAAUGCGCCGCAUAGUGCACCCGGCAGCAAGAGAAAAAGGACAAAUGGACGUGCAGAGGCCAAUGAGAAUCAAGCGGGCCGCGACUCUACACCAGAAAGCACGGGAAGCUACGACGAACAUGUAUAUGACCCAGACCAACCACUCGCAGAGCGGCGAAAGGUUCAGAAAAGGUUCAGAGAACUCCUCCGCGAUGUGACAGAGAACUCGGAGGAAUACCUCCAGUCUGGCUCACAUGGACUAUACGACGCGAUCAUAAAAGCAAACGAGCUCACCAAACAAGUCCGCCAAACGACGGAAGCUACGAUAGACUCCCGAUUACUCGUCAGCACAACAGAUCUCUCAUACAGGAAGACUCUGCGGCUCACGCAAGGUAGCCUAUCCCAAGGCGUUGAUGUGGACGAGUUUGUCUCCAAGUGCAUUACGUUUAUGCGCCAAGAACGUGGGAAUGCGAGCGGAGGAGGGCAAGGCGAAGACGGGGAGGAAGAUGGCGACACUGCAACACAGCAGAGACGGAGGAGAGAUAAUUCCAACGGAAUGGACGACCCUGAGGACAGAGAUGGCGAUAUGAUGAACUGGGGCCACCUAGGCCGAUUUGCGUGCCUCCCGCACUCAAGGAGACCAGCAUUACCAGGGCUGCUUCUUGGUCCACUCUCCGUGGAAAGGAAAAUACGGAGAGUUACCAAACGCAGCGCCCCGUUCAGACCAAACAGCCUCGCAGAAACGCGACCUGAAAUUCUGAAUACUGAGGAUCUGGCCAGGAAAGAAAAUGACCUCACUGCAAUCUGUGGAAAGAUCUUUCAGCAACUCCAAGACACACAAGAGCAGGUGCAGGGGGCGGUAGCAGCGGCCAUACGGGCCGAGAUGAGCGACGAAGAACAAAUAGAUAUCAUGCACAGACAUGGGCUGCGGCGAACUGGUGGCAUAGAUCUCAUGAGAUUUGUGGUAAACCCCAAAUCGUUUGGACAAACGGUCGAGAACAUUUUCUACGUGAGCUUUCUAAUUCGGGAUGGAAGAAUUGAAAUCGAGUAUGAUGAAUACAGUCUCCCUGCCCUAGCUCCCGUCGUCCGCGAAGAACACGAGGACGAAUCAGCUCGCCAGGGCUCAGCAAAGCAUCAAGCAGUAUUGUCCAUCGAUAUGCGAGCAUGGAAAGACAUAAUAGAUACUCUCCAGAUUAAAGAGUCGAUGAUUGAGCACAGGCAAGAAAUCGCCAAUAGUGGCCCCGGGGCGAAAGGCUGGUAUAGUUAA